GGAUCUAGAAUUUCUGAAUCCUUGACCUUGUUGGUGUUUGCCCUAGCAAAACCUCCCUGAAGGCUGAAACCCCACUGCACUAUAUAAAUACACACUUCGCUCCCUCCGCUCAAACCCUCUUUCGCCCCCGCCUCGACUUUUCUCUUUCCUCAAACGCUCUUCCAAAAAAACAGAUCUACUGCUUCUUCGCUUCAUCAGUCCGAGGGUUUAACGAUGGCGGACGUCGAGACAUUCGCCUUCCAGGCCGAAAUCAACCAGCUCCUGAGCUUGAUCAUCAACACCUUCUACAGCAACAAGGAGAUCUUCCUCCGCGAGCUCAUCAGCAACUCGUCCGAUGCUUUGGACAAGAUCAGAUUCGAGAGCCUGACCGACAAGAGCAAGCUCGAUGGACAGCCGGAGUUCUUCAUCAGGCUGAUCCCCGAUAAGGCCAACAACACCCUCACCAUCAUCGACUCCGGCAUCGGCAUGACCAAAGCUGAUUUGGUGAACAAUUUGGGAACGAUUGCGAGGUCUGGAACCAAGGAGUUCAUGGAAGCCUUGCAGGCUGGUGCUGAUGUUAGCAUGAUUGGCCAGUUCGGUGUUGGGUUCUACUCUGCUUACCUUGUCUCCGAGAAGGUCAUCGUGACCACCAAGCACAACGAUGACGAGCAGUAUGUGUGGGAGUCACAGGCUGGUGGUUCCUUCACCGUUAUAAGGGACACAACCGGGGAGCAACUCGGCAGAGGCACCAAGAUGGUCCUCCACCUUAAGGAAGACCAGCUGGAAUACCUUGAGGAGAGGAGGAUCAAGGAUCUUGUGAAGAAGCACUCUGAGUUCAUCAGCUACCCGAUCUACCUCUGGACCGAGAAAACCACCGAGAAGGAAAUCAGUGAUGAUGAAGAUGAAGAGGAGCCCAAAAAGGAAGGCGAAGUUGAGGAAGUUGAUGAAGAGAAAGAGACUGAAUCCAAGAAGAAGAAGAAGAUCAAGGAAGUCUCUCACGAGUGGGAACUCAUCAACAAGCAGAAACCCAUCUGGCUCCGCAAGCCAGAAGACAUCACAAAGGAAGAGUAUGCUUCCUUCUACAAGAGCCUGACCAAUGACUGGGAAGACCAUCUGGCUGUGAAGCACUUCUCCGUAGAGGGCCAGCUCGAGUUCAAGGCUGUCCUGUUUGUCCCCAAGCGCGCUCCAUUCGACCUCUUUGACAACAAAAAGAAGGCCAACAACAUCAAGCUCUAUGUCAGGCGAGUGUUCAUCAUGGACAACUGUGAUGAGCUCAUCCCAGAGUUCCUCUCCUUUGUGAAAGGUGUGGUUGAUUCUGAUGACCUGCCGCUCAACAUCUCCCGUGAGAUGCUCCAGCAGAACAAGAUCCUGAAGGUCAUCCGAAAGAACCUCGUCAAGAAGUGCAUUGAGAUGUUCAACGAGAUUGCCGAGAACAAGGAGGACUACAACAAGUUCUACGAGUCGUUCUCCAAGAACUUGAAGCUUGGUAUCCAUGAGGACAGCACCAACCGUUCCAAGCUUGCUGACCUUUUGAGGUAUCACUCCACCAAGAGUGGUGAGGAGUUGACCAGCUUGAAGGACUAUGUGACCAGAAUGAAGGAAGGUCAGACUGACAUCUUCUACAUUACUGGAGAGAGCAAGAAGGCUGUUGAGAACUCUCCUUUCUUGGAGAGGCUGAAGAAGAAGGGAUAUGAAGUCCUCUACAUGGUUGACGCCAUUGAUGAGUAUGCCAUUGGGCAGCUGAAGGAGUAUGAUGGAAAGAAGCUUGUCUCAGCAACAAAGGAAGGUUUGAAGCUUGAUGAUGAAACCGAGGAAGAGAAGCAGAAGAAGGAAGAGAAGAAGAAGUCCUUUGAGGAGCUCUGCAAGACAAUCAAGGACAUCUUGGGCGACAAGGUCGAGAAGGUGAUUGUCUCCGACAGGAUUGUCGACUCUCCUUGCUGUUUGGUGACUGGCGAGUAUGGGUGGAGCGCCAACAUGGAGAGGAUCAUGAAGGCUCAAGCUUUGAGGGACAGCAGCAUGGGUUCCUACAUGUCUAGCAAGAAGACCAUGGAGAUCAACCCGGACAACGGGAUCAUGGACGAGCUGAGGAAGAGGGCUGAUGCCGAUAAGAACGACAAGUCUGUCAAGGAUCUUGUGCUGCUGCUGUUCGACACUGCAUUGCUGAACUCUGGGUUCAGUCUGGAGGAUCCCAACACCUUCGCAACCAGGAUUCACAGGAUGCUGAAGCUUGGGCUGAGCAUUGAUGAGGACGAUCUGGCCGGUGGCGAUGAGUCGGAGAUGCCUCCACUUGAGGAUGAUGCUGCUGAGGAGAGCAAGAUGGAGGAAGUCGACUAAGUUUUAUCUCUAGUUUUAGAACUGUGACGCUCUUUAGUUUCUGUCUAUUGGUUUUCUCUGCAGACUUGUUCGCUACCCUUUUGUGGCUAUUUUUGUUUUCGUGCUGGUACUCGGUCCUAAACUACUAUCAUUUUCUGUUUUAACCAAGCGGAGAUUAUCUUAUCUUGAGUUGUCAGCCGAAGGGUUUUCUUUUCCCAACUCUUUUUAUCUUGUUCAUUGCUAUUGAUAUCGCCAUUCAUUCACUUGUUAAAACACCUUGGAG